CUGUGCACCAGGAACUCGCAUGUGGUCGCGAGCGCGUGAACUUUACUGACGGAGCUGAUCCGGUGGCGCCUCAGAGGGGAAAAAAACUCAAUUUAUCCUACUUUAGUGUUUAAUUUUCAGAUUAAAGAUGAAGCCUGGUUUCAGUCCCCGUGGAGGAGGAGGUCGUGGUGGAUUCGGUGGAAGAGGACGCGGUGGAGACAGAGGAGGAAGAGGCGGGUUUAGGGGAGGACGAGGUGGUGGAGGGGGAGGUUUUAGGUCUCCGGGCGGUGAAGGAGGAUUCCGGGGCCGUGGUGGGGGCAGAGGGACGCCGAGGGGACGAGGAGGACGAGGGGGGUUUAGAGGAGGGAAGAAAGUGAUGGUGGAGCCACACAGACAUGAAGGUGUGUUUAUCUGCCGUGGGAAGGAAGACGCCCUGGUGACUAAGAACAUGGUGGUGGGAGAGUCGGUGUACGGGGAGAAGAGAAUCAGUGUCGAGGAUGGAGAAGUUAAGAUUGAGUACAGGGCGUGGAACCCGUUCCGCUCCAAGCUGGCGGCGGCGAUUCUGGGAGGAAUUGAUCAGAUCCACAUCAAACCUGGAGCCAAAGUCAUGUACCUGGGAGCAGCGUCAGGAACCACUGUGUCUCACGUCUCAGAUAUUGUCGGACCUGAUGGUUUGGUGUACGCAGUGGAGUUUUCUCACCGCUCUGGCCGAGAUUUGCUGAAUGUGGCUAAAAAGAGAACCAACAUUAUUCCUAUUAUUGAAGACGCCAGACAUCCGCACAAAUACCGCAUGCUGGUUGGGAUGGUCGAUGUGAUUUUCGCUGACGUUGCACAGCCAGAUCAGACGCGUAUUGUCGCUCUCAACGCUCACAACUUCCUCAAAAACGGCGGCCAUUUUGUCAUCUCCAUCAAGGCAAACUGCAUCGACUCGACGGCGUCUCCCGAAGCCGUGUUUGCCUCCGAGGUGAAGAAGAUGAGCGCAGAGAACAUGAAGCCUCAGGAGCAGCUCACGCUCGAGCCGUACGAGAGAGACCACGCCGUCGUCGUAGGGGUGUACAGGCCGCCUCCAAAACAGAAGAAAUGAAGAUGCCCCAGUGUAAAUUUGUGUUUGGACAUUUUUCUUCCCCUGCUGAUCCUCCAGCUUUGACCACUGGCAGGCACACUGCCUUUAUCUGCUUCUCUCCAGGUGUGUCAUGGCUGGAGGUGAAGAGCUUCCACAGUCCCUCAGUGUUGAGAUGAUCCUGCACUGUUUCAGUAACGCAGCUCUCUCCAUGUGAACGUUAGUGCGAUCAGCAGCGUCACUCUAUCGGGAAGUCCUCAUUGUGUAUUAUAGUUUAUUAAACCGCAAAAGUUUGUUUUAUUUCAUGUGAACGAUUUGCUUUUCAGCAUCCUUCUGCUUUCUUUGAUAUCCAAAAUUAUGUCUUGGGGGGGAUGUAGAUUUCUGUUGGUCAUGUGACUGUACAGACCGAUUCCUUUUUUUUAUUAAAUUUCAUCAAUAGUUAACAUAAUGUUCCAUCAAUAAAGGGCUCAUCAUGACUUUCACAAA